UUCAAGAUAAGAUGCCAAAGGCACAAUGAGAGAACAGCCUCUCCUCCACUUUGUCUGCUCUUUGUCUUCUUGAAUCAUCGCUCUCUUCAUCACGCUUUUUUUUCUCUGUGGAUUUGUUCAAUUGAAAGCAGGACAACUGGCGACUGAAAUGGGCGAAUGGGAUCUUCUGGGCCGCCUGCUGGAUAAAGUGCAGAGCCACUCCACGGUGAUCGGGAAAGUCUGGCUCACUGUGCUGUUCGUCUUCCGCAUCCUGGUCUUGGGAACCGGCGCUGAAAGGGUGUGGGGCGAUGAGCAGUCAGACUUUGUCUGCAACACCAGGCAGCCCGGCUGUGAGAACGUCUGCUACGACCAGGCCUUCCCCAUCUCUCACGUUCGCUUCUGGGUCUUCCAGAUCAUCGCCGUCGCUACUCCCAAACUGCUUUAUCUGGGCUACGUCCUCCAUGUGAUCCACAUCGAAAAGAAGAUGAAGCAGAGGAUGCUGAAACAGGCUGAGUUGGAUGACCCAGCAAGUCUGUUCCUAAGGAGGGCCUAUAAAGUUCCCAAGUACACAAAGAGCACUGGCAAGAUCAGCAUCCGUGGCCGCCUCCUCCGCAGCUACGUCCUCCAUCUUGUGGCCAAGAUUGUCCUCGAAGUUGUGUUCAUCGUCGGUCAGUACCUUCUUUACGGUUUCACCCUCCAGACCCGCCACGUCUGCGAACGCUUACCCUGCCCCCACAAGGUGGACUGCUUCCUGUCCAGGCCCACAGAGAAGUCCGUCAUCAUUUGGUUCAUGCUGGUGGCGGCGUGCGUCUCCCUCGUACUUAGCGUUGUCGAGCUGAUCUACCUGUGCGUGAAGGCCGUGAAGGAGUGCUUGGCGAGGAGGCAGGACUACACGGUGACCCCCGUGACGCCCCCGCUCACCGAGAGGAAAGCUUUUAAAAUCAGAGAUGAUGCGGUGAUACAGAAUUGCGUCAACUUAGAGUUGGAGUUCCAAGGCCGGAAGUUGGGGGUAAACGGGGUCAACGAGGCUCCUAAGAACGUGACGCCGGAGAACAACAACAUGGGGGAGGUCCAUAUCUGAAGCGUGGGGGCGGUGACAGGUUGUACGUGUCCAAAAGCUCCGGGCAUCCAGUUAAUGUGUGUUUUGGCUUUGUGGUAGGAAGAGGGGGAGUGUGCACAGAGUCAAUAAAGAUUGAAGGGGGAGAGUAACCAGCUUAGGUAAACAGAACUCAGUCACAUUUAAAUGUUGCUCAAAAACUUCUCCUAACUUUGUUACAUAAAUAGCAAACUGUGAUUCCUAGCAGGUAACAAAAUCAAUCAUUACACCACAACGCUGUGGUUUUUCUUGUCUUAAACAUUUUGCUCAGUGUGCUUUCUUGGAGUGAUUUCAGACAAUGCUGUGACAAUUUGAAUUCAAUAAACCUCUUUGUUCCCUUU